AUGAGUAUUACUCAUUGUAUAUUUGAUUUGGAUGGUUUAUUAUUAGACACUGAAUCACUUUAUACGGAAUGUAUACAGAAAUUAUGUACACCUUAUGGAAAAAAUUUUACAACAGAAAUAAAACUUAAAAUGAUGGGUAAAUCAUCAUUAGAAGCAGGACGUAUAUUAAUUCGUGAAUUAGAUUUACCAAUAACUGAAGAUGAAUAUUUGUUAAAAUCAAAUGCACUUUAUAUGGAAGCAUUUCCUUCAUCAGAACUUUUACCUGGUGUCGAACGAUUAAUUAAGCAUUUAGCAGCUCAUAAUAUUCCAAUGGGAAUUGCUACAGGUUCUUCAUAUGAAUUAUAUAAACUUAAGACUAGUAAUCAUAUGGAAUUAUUUAAAGUAUUUAAUCCAAUUAUUUGUACGGAACCAACAGAAACACGUUUAAGUAAACCAGCACCGGAUAUAUUUCUUGCAUGUGCAAAACAAUUUUCUAGACCACCACUUUCAAUAAGUCAAUGUUUAGUAUUUGAAGAUGCUGAAAAUGGUAUUCGAGCUGCUGUUGCUGCAGAAAUGCGAGUUGUAUUUGUACCAAGUUUACCUAUAAAUGCAUAUGAUCCAGCUGUUAUUAAAAACGCGACAGUUACAUUAGAUAGUCUACUUAAAUUUGAUCCAGUUAUAUUUGGUUUACCAUCAUUUAACGAUACCCAAAAAUGA